AUUCAGUCGCUUACUCCAUCAGCAGCGAAAGGAAGAUAUUCCAGAAUCGCAUGGGGUUUUACCUGUACUUUAUCAGUUGCAGGUUCCGACGGUGUUACCUUGCGUCACUUUCCCAUUGACAUCAAUGAUGAAGGCGCUUUGGAACAGGCCUUGCAAGGAUGUAAAGUGGUUGUUCACUGCGCUCAUGCACCUUUACCAUGGACAUACUCGGACAAGAAGACCAGCGAAGCUUUAUGGAAAGAUAAUCUAUCUGCAACGGAGGUGCUGAUAGAUACGAUGCUACGGAUGGGUGUAAAGAAUCUCGUCCAUGUUGGUGACGCCUAUUCGGCUUUACCGAUCGAAGACAAUUAUGGCCUUGGAGAAAUGGUCUUCAAUGGCUAUCCAGUUGACUACAUCCUCGGCGAAUAUGGCGAGUCACGAACGAGAGCAGAAAUGUAUGCGAGGAAGGCUAUAGAAAACGGUUCGUCAUUGAAGGGAGUUUUUCUUCGCCCAGUGCAUGUGCAUGGUGAGGAGACGUCGUCUUCAUGGCGUACACUUAUGGAAAUAGCCGAAAAUGGAAACUUACCUUAUAUAGAAGGCGAACGUCGAGGAAUGCAUCAAUUUAUCUAUGCUGGGAAUCUUGCUGCAAUUGUCGAUCGCUGCCUUGUUCUUCUGUCUACGAAUCCGCAACGAGUUAAUUCCGAGAUCAUAUACUGUCUAGACGACACAUACGCAAUACCCAUCAGACAGUUUGUGGAACAACGAGUUCAAUCUCCUCGGUUUUCUGCAAAAAACGAAGUUUCAUUCGAGAAAUCCUUCUUACAGCAUUAUCUCUCUCACAUCAAAUACAGUAUUGGACUGGAGGUUCCAAGAAAAACACUCUCAUACCCGAUGUUCCGCUUCCUUUUCGGAAAGACAAUUGGAUUCAGCGAUAGAAAACAGCGUCUAUUACUCGACCACCUACCAGAGGUAUCAUCAACGGAAGCGAUGAAGCGCUCUCUUUGUAUGCAGAAGGAAUCAUCAAGUGUUCAACGUCAAUCAGUACGAAGUGGAUAA